AUGGUAGCUGAGAGCCUGACGCUCUGCCUGGGAAGCUUUGCGGCCGGGUGCUGCUCUGCCAGCCUUUGGGGCAGCAGGCCUUGCGUUCGCAGGAAGCAAAGCGGCGCGGCGUCCGCGGCCAGAAAGGGCCGCGUCCUGCGCAGCCCGGGCAGCUCCCCCGUCCGGAGCAACUCCGCAGACCACACAGAGUUGACCCGGUCCUUCUCCGACAAGCUCGUCGUGAAUGUGCGGACGGCGGUCUCCAGAAUUCUCUCCAACGGCUUCACCAUCCCGCACACUCCUUCGGUCAGGAGCUCCAUGCACCUCCGCAAGGACAACUGGCGUGGCCGGAUCUGGUCCAUUCGUCUGGGUGCCGGGGGGUCGACCUCCGUGGAAGGUACCUUUGUGGACGAUGGCGUUCACUGGAUCGUGACAAUGAAGGAGAGAGGCCCAGGUUUGGAUGUCAAGGCGGUCUUGCUGACCGACGAUGGCUCGCACGAGUUGGAGCACGAUUGUGGUCAGAGCUUUCAUGGACAGACGCCUUUCUGCGAAGGAAACGCCGUUUUGCAGCUGCACUUCCGCAAUCGAAAUGCCAGCUUUAGUGAGCGCAACAUCGAAGUGAAGAUGUUCCUCUUCCGUGCCGGUGCGCGGAUUGGUGAGCAUUCCUUCUUGAAGACGGCGAUGCUUCUGUGGGUAUCGGAGGUGAUCAACCGUACCUUCCAGGUGAAGGACGUCAAGCUCAAAGCGGAUCAUCUCAAAGUUGUUGAGGUCGAGCGGGUUAUGCAUUCGGAGCUCUGGGACUGUUACGUUCAAACACGCAAGGAGAUUGCCAUGCAGCUGUCGAGGGAAUCUGCAGAGCACUUCCCCCAUGCAUCGACGAGUGUUGAUACGAUCGUCGACGAGCAAAUCCCGAUGCCUCUGGCGAAAGCUGCAAAUGAGCAUUGGCUCUUCCAUGGCACGUCGCCAACCAAUGUGAUGUCGAUUUUCGAGGAAGGCUUCGAGGACCAUCACCUCCUUGAGCAUGGCUCAGCAUUCGGGUCUGGGAUCUACUUUACAGAAUGUUCCUCCAAAGCAGACAUGUACGCCUCAGUGGCGGAGCACACCGAUGUCCAUGACCACGGAGGCCUCUGCUGCAUGCUCUUGUGUCGCGUGACACUGGGCCGUGCACGGAAGCUCGCCUCGGAAUUCCACGUUGAUGUGGCGAAGCUCAAGAACGACAUGCAAACCGGCUGUUUUCAUUCUGUUCUGGCAGACCGUGAGCGGUUGUUUUCGUCGUACCGGGAGUUUGUGACACCAGCUGCUCAAACAUACCCGGAGUUUCUGAUAUGGUAUGAGCGACAGAACAAGUCGUCGUUUCAGCAAUGGAAAGACCAACAGUGGGGUGGAAGCCUUUUCUGA